GCUCCUCAGUGAGGGGAACUGACACACUGACUCUGUCCACAGAUGAUGAGUCUCGACUGACCUACACAUCAUGUACAUCUGCCUCAGUAAUGUCUUCCGCUUGUCUAAAGUGCAAAGAGCGCGGAGCCAAACACAGCUCCAUCAAGCUCUGCGCACCACAGACAGAGUAAGUGCUGGAUAAACUCGACACACUCCUCAUGACCGACUGACAGAGCCAGGAUUUUGGGACAUUUGAUGAUGAUUGACCAGACUUAGAUGAUGGACUUCAGCGCUGACCUUUGACCUCCAGCCAAUGAGUCCCCAUUCCUGACUGGUGGAAGAUGGAGAAGCCUGUGUUUCUGCUUUGUGUUGGGUGCGCUACACUGUAAACAAUGGAGGCGUCUGGAUUACCUCCGGCAGCAGAGCUUAACGAAACUGAACUUAAUGGGACAUUGAGUCAUGGCCACCCUAUGCAUCUGGCUCCCAGCAUGCAGUUAGGGAGCAUGUCUAACCCACAAUCCCGUUUACGAGACACGUCGGGGCUCGUAGUCAUGGUGACUCUUAACGCAGUGGCACUCUUGGCCAACAGCGGUGUACUCGCAGUAGUAGUGAAAGUCCCCCACCUCCGCAAGUUCAGCUUGGUGUGUCACCUCUGCAUCGUGGAUCUGCUGUGCGCCGCCCUCCUCAUGCCUCUCGGCAUCGUCUGCGGCUCGCCCUUCUUCGCCGGCGUCAUCUUCUCCGUACUCGAAUGCAGACUGUACAUAUUCCUCAAUGCCUUUCUCAUAUCUGCCUCCAUCUUUACGGUUACUGUGAUUAGCAUCGAACGCUACUUCUACAUCGUGCACCCCAUGAGGUACGAGGCUAAAAUGACCCCUUGGUUGUCCGCAGCUGUGAUGGGACUCGUCUGGGUGGCGUCUACUUUGCUGGGACUUGCUACCGUCUUCGGAUGGCCCAGUUAUGGAAGUAGAAGCUCCAUUGCCGCAACCCAUUGCUCUCUCCACUGGAGCCACAGCGGACACCGUCGAGUGUUUGCUAUCUUGUUCUGCACGGUUUGCUUUUGCGUGCCAGCCUCCAUUAUUAUUGCCGUCUACGGGCACGUCUAUAAAGUCGCCCACACGGCUGCCCGGGAAAGAGGGCCGAUCCCGAGCUGGACGAUGGCGACCGCUCAUCCGAAGCGUCGGUCUGAUUCCGUCAACAGCCAGACUACAAUUAUCACCACCAGCACGAGCAUCCGGAGAAACCCGGUCCCUCGCAGGAGGAAGAGAACACUGGUUGGCGGGAAAGCGGCACUCACUUUAGCCAUCAUCGUGGGUCAGUUCCUGCUCUGCUGGCUGCCUUACUUUGCCUUCCACCUGCAUCUGUCGCUGGGAUUCUCUCACAGUACCUCAGAAGAAGCUGAGGGACCCGUCACCUGGCUGGCGUAUUCCACGUUCGCGGUAAACCCCUUUUUUUACGGGCUGCUGAACCGUCAGAUCAGGGAGGAGUUGUGUAAGAUGCUCUUGUGUUGCCGAUCGGUCGGCAGGCCAGUGCGGCCCUCAGUGUCGGGCCACGAACGUUCAGGCCACGAAGACUUUUUUCACUUUUUGCACAGGAGCGGCGACAGGGAGGGGGUCAGAUGCAGCUAUCACAUGGCUACACCGAGGAGCACGCUGGACCAGAGCGGUUUUAGGAUACCGGGGCAAAUACCAGAAGAAAUUACCUAAGAUUUUUAUGACAUUGAGGAGUUACUCAAAAACAUUUCAAUUCAUAAUCAUUUCUGUGAUGCAUUUUUAUUACUUUACAAAUUAUGUCUGUUUGUUUUUUGGC